AUGUCGGUAUUCACAAUUGUUCAUCGAGCCCUCCCACCACUCUCGCUCCCCUGGAAGCGACGAACAAGUCUUAAGGGCAAAUCCCCUGAGGUGGAAAUCCAUCUCAGUGAAAAGAAUCCCAUUCUGUCAGACUCCAGUUUCAGCCCCCACGCGCACAACAAUGAAACCAUCGUCAUGCACCGUGACGUCUAUGGUCCCGUGCAGGUAGCGGUGAAGAGCAACGCACAGAAGACCGACGCACUUCACAACAAACCCAUUCCCCAGCCAAUAUUGUCUGCGCCGGAAAUUAUCCCGGCCUCAGCGUCGGAUUCGACUUCCGAGAGCCGAGUGCGUUAUUCUGACCAGACGCGUCCGACUCGGGCCCAGCUCGUUCGCGCUGUCAGUUGGGCGAGUAUUAUUCGCAGUCGAGACCGAUGGACAGCCGAGCAGGAGAGGGAACUUGUUCAUGCGCAGCGACAGCUUGGAAGAUGCCAGAAGGCGUGGAGUUCCGAGCAGGAAGUGUGGUUAUCCUAUGUCCAGGCUCUCAGCGAAGAAAAGGAAGCUUAUGCUAGUUUCUUGUCUAUGCGACACAGACAGCAGGAUGAGGAGCAGCACCAGUUCCGUAAGGCAUGGAAGCGGCGGCGAUCACUGUCUGGUGACGAUGAGACGCAGCAAUCUGCGAUCGAGACUGCGAAUCGAUUGGGGAAGCUGCGUCGCUUGCAGCGCUAUGGCUCUUCGGGUUCAUCUUCGGGGCGGCGGUUGGGCUCAAUGGGAUCGUCGGUGGCUGUGGAGGCAUGA